GCGCAUCCAGAGUAUACUUUGUAUUCCAUUUUAGACAGUACCGCUGAAAACAACUACCAUUAUGACAUUAUACGACGUCCUCGUCAUCGGUGGCGGUCCAGCCGGCUUGUCGGUAGUAACCGGCCUCGCUCGCCAGCUAUACCGCGCAGUGGUAUUUGACUCUGGGGUCUACCGCAACUCUCCGACCAGCCAUAUGCAUAAUGUGGCUACAUGGGAUCACAGCCCGCCUGCCGACUUCCGCAAGGCAGCUCGUGAGCGUGUUCUUGGCCGCUACGAUACCAUUGAGUUCGAGAAUACCGAAAUCAAAAAAGUCCAGAAGACAGACGAAGGCUACUUCAAGGCUUUCGAUGCCCGUGAUCGCGCCUGGACUGGACGUAAGCUGGUAUUAGCUACUGGUGUCCGUGAUAUUUUCCCGGACAUUGAGGGAUAUGGAGAGUGUUGGGGGACUGGCAUAUUUCAUUGCCUUUUUUGCCACGGUUAUGAGGAACGUGGUUGCGCUUCUGCUGGUGUUCUGGCAAUUGGCGAUAUUGCUAAUCCCGCUCCGGCGAUGCAUGUCGCGCGCAUGGCUAAGCGGUUUGCCGGUACAGUAACGUUAUACACGGAUGGUGUUGAAGAUGUUACCAAGGACUUGGAGAACGCGACUCAGGGCACGGGAUUCAAAGUGGAUAAGAGAAAGAUAUCUAAGCUGGUCAAAGGACAGGAUGGAUCCGAAGUACAGCUCAAAUUCCACGAUGGCACGCAAACCACAGAAGGCUUUCUUACUCAUAAACCCAAGACAGAGAUUAACGGGCCCUUCGCUACACAACUCCGGUUGCGACUGACAUCUGAUGGUGACCUUGAGACUACGGCUCCGUUCUACAGCACCUCUAUUCCUGGUGUUUUUGCUGCUGGGGACUGUGCUGCUCCCUUUAAGGUUGUUACAAUGGCUAUGUCUUCGGGGGUAGUUGUGGCUGGAGGACUGGCUGGCCAGUUGCAGGAAGAGGAUUAUCCGACUAAGAAAGAAUGACGGGGAUCUAUUUAAAGCAGGAUUAGCAUAACAGUGCCCUUUUUUUUUGUGCUCCUGCUUUCUUAGAGUAAUAUAAGCUUAGAUGCUGUGAACGUUCUUGUCAUAUAGAUGGUAUAAUAAAUAGAGAGCUAUAUUCCACUAUGAUGAACUCAGAGUAUCGUAUUUUUCGGGAUAUAGAAGUCCUAUUGAUUGUAAACAGACACUCCUUGUCCUGGAAGGAAAAUCUAUAGUUCAAGAUAAAUUCCUAUUACUAUGUCAUGUGAGCUUCGGAAUAUGUUGGAUUAUACCUCAAGAGUCGAGCAAAGAGGUCAACUUCCACGAACGCAUCGUAAAAUAGCAAUUGAAUGGCCGGUUAAGCCCCACGAUAGAAUGAUAGUUCAUCUAGUUGGAAGUGGGAGAAUAGGUCACCUGGUAAUGCCCCCGAUAGCAACGGUUGUUGUCGAAAAAUGUAUGCCAUUGUUCGGCUCUUUACCCCCAGUCGAGUGCCAUUUACCGAGGACGGUAAUAUCGAAAUGGCAUUAAUUCAUUAUUAGUAAACAUGUGCAGGUAGUUAUGAUCCGUCUUACUAAAGUGUGCGGGAUUACCCAUCGAAGACAAUAGGAUUGUCCG